AGCUGGUGCCGCGGCGCUGGGACCUGUGGGGAGGAGAAGGGAAGGGCUGGGGUGCCGCGCCGCGCCGCGCCCCCUGCGGACAGCGCCAGAGACACUCCCCGCGGGGCAGCAUGAGGGCGGCGGUGCGGCUGUGAUCCGCGCCGCAGAGGGGCAGCCCAGUCCCCGGCUCCUUGGCUGCGGCCGCCCCCAGUCCCCGUCAGAGCGGUGCCCCGGGAGCGAUGAGCCAUGAAGCCUCCUGGCAGCAGCGCCCUGCGGCAGCCCCUUGCCGGCCGCAGCCUCCGCGAAGCCGCCUCCUGCCUGAGGCUCCGGCCGCCGUGCCGCCUCCAGCUGCUGCUGGGGCUGCUGCUCCUCUCCGGCCCCGCCUGGCUCCAGUCCUGGGGGGCUGCUGCAGCCACCGCUCUGCAUUGGAAUGAAACUGCAGGAGGAAUAGCAGGAGCAUUGUCAGAUAAAGAGAAUACAUUUCUACAGAGUAACAGCAGUAGCAGUAAGAAUAACAACCAGAGCAAUGAAAUCCAGAAAGAAAUCACACUGCCUUCAAGACUGGUCUAUUAUAUCAACAGAGACUCUGAAAGCCCUUACCGUAUCCUGGACACUAGGGCAAGACACCAGCAGAAACACAACAAGGCUGUGCAUCUGGCCCAGGCAAGUUUCCAGAUUGAGGCCUUCGGGUCCAAAUUCAUCCUUGACCUCACAUUGAAUAAUGAUUUGUUAUCCUCUGAUUAUGUGGAGAUUCACUAUGAAGACGGAAAACCACAAUUUUCUAAGGGUGGAGAGCACUGUUACUAUCAUGGAAACAUUAGAGGUGUCCAGAACUCCAAAGCUGCCCUUUCAACAUGUAAUGGACUUAAUGGCAUGUUUGAAGACAGCACCUAUGUGUACUUCAUAGAACCAAUGGAUUUGACCCACAGUGCAAAAAGCACAGGCAGGCCACACAUCAUUCAGAGGACUUUAGGAACACAAACCUCAAAGCAAAUGAAGAAUGUUGAGACCGAAUCUAGUUCUGAGUGGUCCUUCCUGUCUGAGUUACAGUGGCUCAGGAAAAGGAGAAGAAAGAGGGCUGUGAGUGCAUCUCGUGGUAUAUUUGAAGAGAUGAAAUAUCUGGAGCUCAUGAUUGUCAAUGACCAUAAAAUGUUCAAAAAACAUCGUUCUAUCCAUGCGUACACAAACAACUUUGCAAAAUCUGUGGUAAACCUUGUAGAUGCAAUAUACAAGGAACAGCUGAACACCAGAGUGGUUUUGGUUGCUGUGGAAACCUGGACAGACAGGGAUCGUAUUAAUAUUCGCCCUGACCCUUUGCAGAUGCUUCAUGACUUCUCCAGAUAUCGACAGCACUACAUCAAACAACAUACUGAUGCUGUACACCUGCUCUCGAAUGUGACAUUCCACUACAAGAGGAGCAGCUUGAGUUACUUCGGAGGGGUUUGUUCUGUGACCAGAGGAGUUGGAGUGAAUGAGUAUGCCCUCCCAUUGGCUAUGGCACAGGAAUUAUCACAAAGUUUGGCUCAGAACCUGGGAAUACAGUGGGAGCCAGCAAGCAGGAAACCGAAAUGUGACUGCAUAGAAUCCUGGGGUGGCUGCAUCAUGGAGGAAACAGGGGUUUACCACUCCAGAAAAUUUUCAAGAUGCAGCAUUGCAGAAUACAAAGAAUUUUUACUCAGAGGGGGAGGUGCCUGUCUUUUCAACAGGCCAACAAAGUUGUUUGAAACUCCCGAAUGUGGAAAUGGAUAUGUAGAAGCAGGAGAAGAAUGUGAUUGUGGUUUCCGAAUGGAAUGCUAUGAAAACUGCUGUAAGAAGUGCUCUCUCUCUAAUGGAGCUCACUGUAGUGAUGGACCCUGCUGUAACACAUCCUGUCUUUUUUUCCCACGAGGCUAUGACUGUCGAUAUGCAGUGAAUGAGUGUGAUAUUACAGAGUACUGUACUGGCGACUCUGGUCAGUGCCCACCAAAUCUUCAUAAACAAGAUGGAUAUGCUUGUGAUUCUAAUCAGGGACGUUGCUAUAAUGGAGAAUGCAAGACAAGAGACAAUCAGUGCAAAUACAUUUGGGGAAUUAAGGCUACAGGGUCUGACAAAUUCUGUUAUGAGAAGCUUAAUACAGAAGGCACAAAAAAAGGAAACUGUGGAAAGGAUGGAGACCAAUGGAUUCAGUGCAGUAAACAUGAUGUGUUCUGUGGCUUUUUGCUCUGCACUAAUCUUACUCGGGUUCCACGAAUUGGUCAUCUUCAGGGAGAAAUUACCCCAACCUCUUUUUACCACCAGGGGCGUGUAGUGGACUGCAGUGGCGCUCAUGUACUUUUAGAUGACAAUACAGAUUUAGGAUAUGUGGAAGAUGGAGCUCCAUGUGGCCCUCACAUGAUGUGUGUAGACAGGAAGUGCCUACCAAUUCAGUCCUUGAACAUAAGCAGCUGCCCUGUUGGUUCUGAUGGAAAAGUGUGUUCAGAUCAUGGGGUGUGUAGUAAUGAAGCCACUUGCAUUUGUAAUUUCUCCUGGGCAGGGACAGACUGCAGUAUUGAUGAUCCUAUCAGGGAUACUUCCAACAAGAAGGUUGAAGGACCUAAGGUGAGCAUGGCCACUAACAGGCUAAUAGGUGCAGUGGCAGGGACCAUUCUGGCUCUGGGGGUGAUUUUUGGAGGCACAGGGUGGGGAAUAGAAAAUGUUAAAAAGAGAAGGUACGAUCCAAAUCAGCAAGGUCCUAUCUGAAGGAACUUAACUGGAAAAGCUUCUUCUUGCACUACUGGAUUCUAGGUGUUAAGUCUUUGCUGUCACUGUGCAGGAACUCAAUCAAUAAAGAAGAACAUUAGAAACGGCAAUGACUAAAGAUGAGCUGCUGGGGAUGGAAUGAAGGAACACUGUCUUUUUUGGAGAUAAGUUCAAAUACUCCCUUCCUUUCAUCUUUCUCUUAAAAAAAAAAGACAGUGAUGGACAACUGUUUGUUUUUUUGUUUUGUUUUUUCAAAGAAAGAAAGAAAGAAAGAAAGGGGCAAACCAACGAAGUGCAAUAAGAGAAUUGUUUCAAAAUAGUAAAAUAGAAGAUUUUUUUCCCUAGCCUGUUGGCACUCUAACUUGAGUUCGCAUGACUUUUUUUUUCAUAUUAAAUGACAGACUCUAGUGGCAUGAGCAGCUAAUUUUGGAAAGGGUAAAUUGCAUGGCAUAUAUACAACAAACAAACAAGCUAGCAAGCAGACCCACACAAGAUCUGCACCCAAAUCUAUACAGAGAAGAAAACAACAAAACACAGAAUGCAGAGGUGGUGAUAUUAGGCUCUUCUUAUGAAAUCUUCUUCCACCAGUGCAGAGCAUUCUUUCUCUCUGGAGCGAAAGCUCCCUAUUCUGUGGAUUCAUUGUCCCUGUUCUUUUAUCUCCUGGACUAAAAUUACUUUGGAUAUGGGAGCUAUUGUUUUGAGCAGUGAUAAUAUAUAGUUCUUCUAUAGAAAGAAAAAAUGUAUAUUUGGAAAUAAGAGAUUGACGUAUCAUUUUCACGGAUCUUUAUUGAAGGAUUUCCUUAGAGAAUAAAACCUUUCUAUGUAAAUCUAUUUUUGGUGGUUUAAUUUUGCUCCCCUUUUAAUCUUUCUAGCAUGUUGUAUAGUGGGUGUUCUGGGCUUACUCAAAAAAGGCAGAUGUAGCAUGCAGAUCCAGGGAGUUCUGGCACCAAACAGGUGUGAUCUAAAGUUUGUAUGCUUGAAACCAAAAAACAAACCAUAUUAAAAUGUGUAAAUGCAUAUGUAUUUAAUAAGUCUCUUUUGAAUUACUUUUUUGGCUGUCAUGCAGAUUUUCUGUAUAUAAUGUAAGAAAAUUGACACCAUCUCAAAUUAAUCACGAAAGUUCCAAGUUCAUAUCUUUUUAAUUUCAACAACUAUUUUCCUAUGUUUAGCUUUUUCAAGUGAAAGGAAAACAAGCUUAAGUAAGCCUUAAAAUAUUCACAAAAUGCUGAAAGCUUGAAACAGGCUAAGGCUUUCCCAUUUAGUUGCCAUUUUUCCCACCCAUUCGCCUCUCUCCCUUCCUGGCAGGCUUGCAAAGAUGAUCCAAGUCACUCUGAGUUUCCCUCUUUAGUACCUAUCACCUUUCAAUGUACAAUCUGGAGAGCUACUAUUUCUGCUGUGGAUGGUUAGUAUCACUCUUAGGGUUUGUUCAGAUUUCACUUCCGAGGGUUGGCACAUUAAUGCUAUUAAAUUUAUGUUCACACAUGGGGCACAGUCCAGUCCACUGAUAAAGUGGAAGGGCUUCCAUAAACUUUAACAGGCAUUGGACUUUGGCCUUAGUGAACUGAGCAAUUAAAAGCUUUAGAGCCUGUUCAUAAUUCUACUUACUCUGAGUUACACUGGUAACUCAACAGGUUUCAAUGGAAUUACCUCUAAUUUAUAUUAGUAUAAAUGAGAGGGAGUUAAUCCUAUAACUCCAACUCCAUUUAGGUCUUAUAUUUCAUUUUCCUGACUUUCAUUUUCCUUGUUCAAAUCUUGAGUCAGUUUCUGGAUUUAGAUUUAAAAUUAACUGAUGGAAAUACUAGGAAAAAAUUAGUGUUGCAAUUACUAUAAUUUUUUUUGCUUUGUUCAAUAACACAUUUUUGCCUCCAAACAUAUUUCAAACUCUGACAAUAUCCAAUCUGAAAGAAGUCUUUCCCAUGAAAACUAUAUUGUUUUGCAGUCAAGAUGGUUAUUUGUCAAAUGAUGUUUUAGAUAGUGUGAUUUUGUUAAAGCGACCACUGUUAUUGCAAUAUGAGUAAGAGGUACUCUGUGUUGAUAUAGAUCUACCUCAUAUUGUGAUAACAGAGCUAUUUACAGCAUCAUUUCAACAUUAUCUGACUUCAGGGCAAGAGUUUUGGUCAUAUUGAUGUUCAAUGACAAUGAAUACUUGUAAUUUUGAGGGGAACUCAAAAGUAUUCGUGUUGUAAUAUUGCCCACUGGUACUAUGUUGCUUAUUUCCACUUUGCUACUGCAUAUGGAAGGUAUAAUUACUCUCUGGCAGGUACUAAACUGCACAUUUCGGUUCUACUGCGGAAUCAAUGUGGUAACUACAGUAGAAAUGCCAUUGUGGUUACAAAAUCAAUUAAGUGUCUAAUGUAACUACCUGUAUAAUAAAACUUUGAUGAUAAGCAUUUCACAAAUAACAUUGUAAAUGUGCGAUGUGAUGUUUUUAAUCAGACCACAGUGGUCCCCAAAUAUUAUGUACAUAUGGUAAGUGUUGGUGUAACUUUUUGUUACACUAGCAGUUUCAUAGGAAAUAUGAUUUCUUGACUGAAUUUACGCUCCACUGUUUAGCUGUGUGCGUGUAUGUGUAAAACACACAAGCAUUAUGCUCUGUAUGUACAGGAUGUAAAUGACAUCACAUAACUCACAAAACUGGAUUCUCAUCAAUCUUUUCUGUGGUACUAGGGUUAUGUAGUCUUAACCAUUUAGUUAGAUAUUGUUGAUUUUCUAAGCCAUUCGUUUGCCACAUUUAGUAGAGUACACAUGCUGCUUAACGUUAAUCUAUCUUUACAAGUGUCAGAAUUUAAUAUUAAUAGAAUAAAUGUUAAGCAAUGACGAGUCCCCAUUUCACCCACUAUAUUUUUGCUCCGUUAUAUGAUUCAUCUUGACAAGAAAAUGUCUGGUAACUAUACAGCUCUUACUGGUAUGCUGCAUGAUCCCACUGAAUUGACCUAAUCCUUUUAUAAGAGAGCUCUAUGAGGCAAAUUAAAUAUACUGUAGGUGCAUGUUAAAAAAUAAAUUACAUAGAACUAGAGUUUUAUAAAGUUUUCUUUACUAUGCAAAGAUGGGUAUUGCACAAACAAAAUUUAAAGACAAAUGUCUGAGGAACUUUACAAAAUAAUACUUGAAUUUAUUUUUUUGUUUGAAAGACUAUCAGCCAUGUUUUAUAUUCAUUGUUGCUUCCACUAUUAAUCUUCCUUUUUAAAAUGAUUUGUAAAUAUUUUUUAAGUGCAUAAUAUGAUGUUAUGAGCCAGUUUUUGUUUGGAGUUAAUGCUCAUUCAUAUCUUGUUGGCUGCUGAUGAAUGGAAAUUUAAUAGUCAUUGUUCUGCAACUCUUAGCAAAAUGGUAUUAAAAACAUCAUGAACAUGGAA